CGCUGACAGGAGUACACUGAUCGCGGCACGUGCGCCGGCGAGAUGAUUAACGCUGCCUUUCAUUACAUUAUAGUCGGCUAGCAAAAAAAAAAAAAGCUUAGCUUAAGACACUAUUUGGAGAUGAGUGUACCUUGCAUCAGACCAGCCUGCAGCCACCAAAAGACUUUUACGACUUAUUUGUUGUCUCAACCCCCCCCGCCUAGCCCGAAACACCGCCACUGAGCCUGAUUAGCAUCCGACGUUCAACUCGAGUGGUCUCAAGAGCUGCUUCCAUGUGGCACAGCCUUUGAGUUGGGUGACCAGUUCUACAAGGACGCCAUUGAGCAGUGCCGCAGCUACAACGCCCGCCUGUGCGCCGAACGCAGCGUGCGCCUGCCGUUCCUCGACUCGCAAACCGGCGUGGCCCAGAACAACUGCUACAUAUGGAUGGAGCGCCAUCAUCGAAGCCCAGGCGUGGCGGCCGGGCAAAUGUACACCUAUCCGGCCCGCUGCUGGCGGAAGAAGAGACGGCUUCACCCCAACACCGACCCCAGCCUGAACAUCUUCGGCCUCAAGCUGGACAACGGCCUCAUGUCCAAGGACGCGUUGCCCACCCAGAGCACAACGCUAGAAGCUCUGCUGAGAGGCGAAGGUCUAGAUAAGAGGAACUCCAGGAACGACGAGGAGAGUUUGCUGGAGAUCCAGAGAGUUCUGGAGGCAGACGCAGCAGAAGAUGCUUUCGACGACGACGACUACGAGGUGGACACUCCAAAGAGGAGACACCGAGGCAAAGGAAGGGGUCGAGGUUCGGGCCGCAGGAAGGCUGACAUGGAUGAUGACAAGCCAUAUGUCUGUGACAACAGAUACAAACAGAGGAAUAAUUCCAAAUCAUCAACUUCAGUCUAUGCGAAGCGCUACAGGAGCCGGCCGGGACUAAGCUACCACUAUACAAAUUCCCACAUUGCAGAGGAGGGCAGACCCGGCGAGAGGAGCGCUGUGCCUUCCAGGUCUGCUUCAGCACAGCCCACUGACAGACACAAACGUCCAAAGGUGCCGAUCGGGACCAGGAUUCCCAACAGAUACUGUGAGAAAUGUCAGAACGCCAACAAGAAGCUUAUGAAAUCCGGCUCCCCCUGCACAACUUGUCAAUGCACAACUGACGGCGGCGAGGAGAAGGAGGACAACGGCAACGUAGGCGGCAGCGAGGAGCUGUUCGCCACCACGUCGGAGAGCGACGCCUCCACCUUCCACGGCUUCGAGGACGACGAGCUGGAAGAGCCCGCCGCCAAUAGCAACGGAUUAUCCGGCCGGCACAGAUAGACAGACGCUAACAUUUUCCAUCUACAAAAAACAAAAACAUCACAAAACAUCUGGAUUCAUCUCUGGCAAAAAUCUGCUGCUUCUUCUCGCUUUUUUUUCGCCCCCUCCCCCCAACUUUUUGUUUGCAGAAAGCACAAUGUGAUCGCUUCAGGACAAAAUAUAUAUAUAUAAGUUGUAUUUUAUCUACUGGACAUUAAUUUAUGAAAUUUUAUUUAUAAAUAUCUAUAAAUUAAGUCAAUUAAUGACUUGCAAAACUUUGAAUUAUUUUUUUCCCCCUUUUGGAGCAGAAGGAGCAUACUAACGUGUGAACAAACAAACAAAAACACUGGAGCAAUCAAAAACUUUUUUUUGUGUUUGGAGGCUGUCGGAUUGUCUUAGGAGCCUUCAACGAAUUUAUUUUUAUUUUCUGAAGGAUCUUGCCAUGACAUUGUUGUGGUCUGUGACUGGAUUAUCUUUUGACUCAAACACGAAGGAGACGAUAAACGGAUUGCUGCAAUGGCGAUGUUCGGAGAUGAAGGAAUUUUUUUUUUUUGAUAGACACGAGCCGCUUAGUGAAUCAAAAGGAGCAGUCGGCACAGGAGAGUAAACAUGAAUAUCUAAUGAGCCUUCCUGAAUUUGGUCCUAAAUGUCAGUCCAACUUGUGAUUGUUGUGACGCUCCACUGACUAUGUGAAGAGUUGAUCUCCUCACUUGGGGAAAAAAACCAAUUGGGUCAAAAAAGAACCAAGUGUUGCUUGGGUCAGUUUGACCUGACUUUUCCGGGUUGGUUUCUUUUUGGUUAUCCUUGACCCAACUGUUUUAGAAUGAUUGGGAUGAAGGAGGACUUUGGAUCAGAGCCAGCUUCCUUGAGAACUACAGCGAGACGAACAAAGAGGCCUUUGUACUUGUCGGGCCUGAAAACCCCGCCCACUCCCAGUUCCCCGUCGCCCUUUCCUCCUUGCCUCCGCUCUCGUGUUGUGCGAGUGUGAUCCGAUGUGACACUAAGACGUCAUUACCCUCAUCACUGUGCCAGCCCGCCGCUCUGCACUGCAAACCGGCUCUGACAGCCAUACCCCUCCCUCCCCAACCUGACUGGACCAGGGACCCGACCAGCUUUCUCCCCAUUCCCCCAGCCAUAGAGUCGGUGCUUAACUCCACUAACACAAGCGGACCUCUGAACCUUUUCGCUCAUCGCUCGACUUGAAUCGUCUUGCCUGCUCGCUCCGCCUGUGCAUUUUUUUUUUUGUUUUAUUCUGAUUUUUGCGGGAUACCUCUGGCCACCGAAACUACUCAGGCCACCUUCAUGACUUCAUCCCUUCGCUUUUGAUUGUUCAGUCUCUGUCGUCGCAGGCCAGAAUCUUGUGAUUGUAUUGAGGUGGCGCGGAGGCACGCUAACGCCGCGCACGUGUCCCGUAAUUAUUGAGCGCACACUACCAAGGAACGCUGCUGGAACACUGCAAUAAUUCAGUUGAUGUGCUUGCGUGUAUGUAUGUGUGUAUGUAUGUGUGUGUGUGUGUGUGUACGUGCGCUUGGAAGGAAGGCCUAUUUGUGUGCUACUUAACAUUAGACAUUGAAGGCAUCAGUUAGAGAUGGGCAUCUGAUGUCUCUCCCAAUUCAUCUGUUGUAUACUUAGGUGUCACUUGCACGUUCACUGCACCCCCUCCCCCUCAGGGACCCUCCUCAAAGUAAGUGUGUUUAUCCAGCCCUCAGCUAUCAUGCGCACGAGCUGCUUCACCGUCACCCGCUGUAAACAAAAACGCUCAAGUGUGGUCAAAGUCCUCGGCAUCAACUCCCGAAUGCAAACUCAACUCCCAAAUGGAAAAGUCAUCCUUACCUCGAGCAAAACGCAGCAAUAGCCCACCCUAAGCCCAUUAUCCCAUGCACCCCCCCACCCCCUGGUGCUGUGUGAAGGGCAGUGAUUGAAGUGUGUGUGUUUGUAUGAUUAAGUAGGGAAUGGAGCCAAGAGAAGAUGAAACAGAAAUCAUUGAGUGCUUGCUUCAUCUUCUGCUGUAAAUAUACCAUCUGUCAAAAUGGAUACAAUGAAGUUCUUUGUUAAACUAUUUUUAUUCUGGAACAAUAAAAAUAGAAAUGGUAA